AUAGAGAGAGAGAGAGAGAAAGAGAGAGAGAGAUCCUAAACCAAAUUUUAAUGUAAAACUUUUGAAGCUCUGUUUGGUCGUCUUUUUCAUUCUCAGGAUCUUCGACUUCCAUGGCGACUCGGCUCUUCCAAAGGCGAAUCUUCACCUUCUUUAGCCGAAAGCAAUCUCAUACACUUAAUGGACCCUCAUUGCAUCAUCUUCCCUCAACAACUGUUCUGCUGAACGAUGGCACGGUGAUGUUAGAUAGGAGAAGAAUCAUCCACUCAGAGUCGGAGCAUAAAGAUGAGGACAUCGACGAGCCUCGUUCCCACACUUCUGAUACUGACAGUUCUACUGCGAAGUACGCAGUCUUAUCUAACCUGAAAUCAUCGACGCGACACGACCUAGCCAUGAUAUUUACCUGCAAGGUCUGCGAAACAAGGUCUGUAAAGACGGUUUGUCGAGAAUCAUAUGAGAAGGGUGUGGUGUUGGCGCGUUGCGGAGGUUGUAACAACCUACACCUGAUUGCAGACCGGCUUGGGUGGUUUGGAGAACCAGGGAGCAUCGAGGACCUGUUGGCUGCUCGUGGGGAAGAAAUCAAGAAAGGCUCUCUUGAUGAUACUCUAAAUCUAACUUUUGAAGAUUUGGCUGGAACGAGAUCUACCGAGUAGAUACUGAAUUUCCAUCUGCAACAACAUUGUAAUUGUUUGUUAAAUUUUACAUCUACCCUUUGUAUGUUUUACUUCGAAUAAUUAUUAUCAAUAUAUGAACCAUGGUUUCAAAA